AUGUUUUUCGAGCAGUUACAGACGUUUCUUAGGCGAUUUAAUGAAUGGGAACAAAUCGCCUACACCUCAGUCUACGUGAUUAUCUCCAUUCUCGCGUUGAUCGGCAACGGACUGGUAAUUUUGGUUGUUCUUUGGAAACGGGAGAUGCGCACGAAUCGUAACGUUCUCAUUGUAAAUCUAGCUUUAUCGAAUUUGGUCCUUGCACUUAUCAACAUUCCGUUUUUAUGGUUACCUUCUAUCGAUUUCGAGUUUCCCUAUUCACGUUUUUUCUGCAAGUUCGCAAACGUCCUUCCAGGAAGCAAUAUUUAUUGUUCAACUCUUACAAUAUGUGUAAUGGCAAUUGAUCGAUACUAUUCUGUAAAGCAGCUCGAAGUUGCUUCAAAACGACGACAGUGCAUGAAAGCUGUUUGUAUCUCUCUGUUAAUAUGGAUUAUCUCAUUCUUCCUCUCUCUUCCGCUUCUUCUUUAUUAUGACACCACCAUGCUGUACGUUGUCAAGGAUGUGAAUGUCUUUGACGAGAGAGGUGUGCUGAUGCCGCGCAGCUACGGAUGGAGACAGUGUCGUCUCGCACCACCACAAUCAACGACUGUUGUAAUGAGUGGGCAGUUAAAUAACUUUCUAUGGGUUAACGUAAGGACUGUAGUAGACAAGCUCACGUUGGAUGUGGAUAAAGAUUUCACUAAGAACUCUGUUUUCCAGCUGCUGACAUCAGUGCUUCAAGUUUUUUCGCUGUAUAUUGUGCCACUUCUUCUGUUAUCGAUAUUCAACAUGAAGCUGACACGGUUCCUCAAAACGAACGCCAAUCGAAUGGCGAGAAACCGAUUGGACAACAGGCGGUGGCGAACUGAACAGCUGAACAGAAAAAACUGCGAAUUAAGUCAAAGCAAAAUCCGGUCACAUUCAAAUAGUUCAAUACGAAGCUCAAUAACGGAACGAGCCUGCGAACGACGAACGAGCAGAACGACAUCACUUCUCAUAGCUAUGGCAGGAAGUUAUGCAGCCCUUUGGUUCCCAUUUACACUCAUUUCUCUCUUACUUGACCUUGACAUAUUAUACGUGGAAUCACAUGUCGGCAUUAUCGAACGCAUUGACCAAACCUGCAAAAUGGUGUCGAUGCUGUCGAUCUGUGUCAACCCAUUUCUUUAUGGGUUCUUGAAUACCAAUUUUCGCCGUGAAUUUUACGAAAUAUACUCCCGGUAUGUGAUUUGUUCGGCAAAAACUACAGGUCAGGCACUACUCACACAUAAUCGCCCCACAAGGUGA